AGUGGUGAUGAGUGUGAGUGUGGUGCAAAGGGUUGUGUGUCUGAGAAUGCUUCGGGUGUGAGUGAGACUUCCGGUUCAACCGUGAACCGUGUGAUUUCGCGUUCGCCAGUGAGAAAGCCUGAAUUUGAGUUGGAUGUGUCAUCGGAUGAAUCUGUGAUUGGUAGCAGAAAGCAAUCGUCGAAGAAGAAGAAAAAGGAGAAGGCGGAGCGAAAGAGAAGGCGUGAUUUAGAGAAGGAAAGAGUGCGUGCAGAAAAGGAACGUGAGAAUGUGGAAAAAGAACGUGAGCGUGAAUGUGCUGAAAAGGAAAGGUUGCGUAUGGAGGAAGAAAAGAGAAGGAGUAUGAAUGAGAUGAAGAAAAAAGAGAGUGAAUGUGUGAAAGUGAAUGCUGAUGAAAGUAUGGAUGUUGAUGAGCGUAUAAAUGUUGAAAGUGUUCUUUCGGAAGCUAGAACCAUCGCGCGAGGAAUUGGUGUUAUCCUUAGGGAUGAUGCGAAUGAAGUGGCGGUGGAGGUGACUGAAAGAGUAGAGAAGGAGGUAGCGAGACUAGAGGAUUUGCUGAUGAAAAUGUCAAUGGACAAUGCAAGAAUGCGUGGAAGGUUGAUGGAGAGGGAAAGAAUGAGUGAGUGUGUUGUUAAGGUGGCGGAGAGUGUGUCUGUUAUGUGUGAAGUAGCUGAAAGGGUUAGCAAGAGUGUAGAGUCUAUGAAUGAAGUGUGUGAAAAGGUGAGAGAGUGUGAAAUGAGUGGUGUUACGAAGAGGAGUGAUGUUAAGCAGAGUUUUGCGGUGAUUGUGAAAGGUGCGAAUGAAGAGUUGACAACGAGAGAGGUGAAAAAGCGAAUGAAUGAAGCGAUUGUUAAUGAUGUGAAUGUGUGUGUGAAGAAGGUUAGACCUGCGAAGGGUGGAGGUGUGAUUGUCGAGACAGCAACAGAUCGGGACAGGGGGGUCCUUACGGCUUGCCCAAACUUUGGACAAGCUGGUCUCAGAGUCGAAAGACCAAGGACCAUGGACCCGCGUGUCCUUGUCUAUGACGUCCCGAACAGUAUGUCGGAAGCAGAGUUGAUGUUUAGUGUGUAUGAAAAGAGUGUAAAAGAUGUGAUCAGUUUGAAUGAAUUCAAGAAUCGGGCGCGAAUAGUGAAGAGGCUUUGUAAAGAGGGUGCAGAUUUGGCAAAUGUGAUUGUGGAAAUGCCA